CCGGAGGUCGAAGCAUUGCAGCGAGGCAACUUAUAUCCGGCUGCGCGUGAGCUUCUUCGCCACAAUCAGGUGGUGUUCCGCGACGGCGAUGGAGCAAUGCAGGUGUUUCCGGGUUUGAUGGACACAUUACCGGAGGCAAGAGUAAAUCUAAUACUCUAUCAUUUGAAAAGAGAAGAUAUAGAGAGCGCCAUGACAUUGUGUAACGACCUGGAACCGCAGUCAACUACAGAAUUCCUCGUGAAAGCAGUGGUGUUCGCUAGCUGGGGCCAACUGAAGGAGUCCAAAGAUCACUUGAAGACGGCUGAACAGUUCUUCAAAAUGGUGGGAGAGUCACCAUAUGAUACA